GUGUGUGCAGCUGAGGGUAUCUUACCCCCUGGACCUCUGAGUGGAGCUGUAGCAGGCACAGUGAAAUUCACCACCACCCUCAGCCCUCCAGGGAGGCCAUUCCUGUCCGUUAGCUGGAGUUUUAAUGGUACAAAAAUCAUUACUUCCACCAGUAUCAACAUCACUGAGCCUGGACACACCAACAGGAUCUCGUUAGAUCGAACCACUGGGAGCCUGGAGCUCAGACAACUGGUGCUAGGGGACAGCGGGGACUACACGGUCACCAUCAUAGAAGACGGAGGGUUGCAGAAACAGGGGAAGACCACUCUUAACGUGUAUGCACUGAUAACCGGAGCCACCAUCCACAGCCCUGCAGGCGUGCUGAUAGAAGACCAAAGCUCCACUAACCUCACCUGUGAGGCCUUCGGCUCCAUCAGAACCAGGCUGUGGAUGAAAGAUGGACGUCCCCUUCAUCCCAGUGACAGUGUCAGCUUAUUCCUGGAUAACAGAACUGUGUAUUUACACCCCGUUCGCAGCUCUAGCCAUGGCACCUACCAGUGCCAUGUCAGCAACCCGGUCAGCACCAUGACCGUGACCCUUAACCUCACUGUCAACUAUGGACCACAUAACAUCUCCAUUUUUGGGCCAGGAGCAGCGACAAUGGGCCACAAAGUGACACUGCAAUGCAUGGCGGCCUCUGUCCCACCACCAAACUUCAGCUGGAUGUUUAAUGGCAACAAGACCCAUGUCAACACCUCUGUCUACGUGAUAGAGAAAUUAGAGGCUAAAAGCAUCGGAAAUUACACCUGCAUUGCCAGAAAUUCGGUGACCAUGAAGGAAGACUCCGCAGUUCUGAAUCUGAAAGCCUCCGGGGGUGCCCCCCGCUGGUCAUUCUCAGUGCUGGUCAUGGGUGGGCUGACUCUGAGUGGACUA